AUAUUAAAUGAAUUAACCACUUGAAACUCUCGUGCAAAAUUUUAACUUAUUCAGUUAGUACAGAUCUUUUGCCACAGUUAGUUAUACGAUUAUGUGGCUGUUCGCGUCGUUUUUUGCCGCAAUUGGAAUUUUAGCCACCACAAUAAAUGUGACAGAGGCAAAAUUUGAUUACCAUUGUAAUCUUACAGCAAAGGGAAAUCCAAAAUUUCCAGAUAAUUUUAGUUUUGGUGUUUCAACAUCAGCUUAUCAAAUUGAAGGAGCCUGGAAUGAAGAUGGCCGAGGUGAAUCAAUUUGGGAUGAAUUUACACACAAAUUCCCCGACAUGAUGGAUGAUCGAUCGAAUGCUGAUGUUGCAGCUGAUUCAUAUCAUCGUUUCGAUCAAGAUUUGGCAGCUUUAAAGGAGUUAAAAGUUAAUCACUAUCGUUUUUCAAUAGCAUGGCCUAGAAUCUACCCAACUGGUGAUAUAUCAUCAAAAAAUCAAAAAGGAAUCGAUUAUUAUAAUAAAGUUAUCGACAAAUUAAUUGCAAAUGGUAUCACGCCAAUUGUAACAUUGUUUCAUUAUGAUUUACCUUCGGAGAUUCAAAAGUUCGGUGGCUUCGCCAAUCCUCUGAUCAUAAAUAUGUUUGUCACUUAUGCCAUUGAAUGUUUUGAGAAUUUCGGCGAUCGAGUUAAAAUAUGGAAUACAUUUAACGAACCUAUUGAUUAUUGUAAGCCAGGAUAUGCAGAUGCUAAUUAUCCUCCUCAAAUCAAUGCUCACGGUGUAGCUGAUUAUCUUUGUAUGGAUCAUACUUUGAAAGCUCAUGCUGCUGCUUAUAGAACUUAUAGAUCCAGGUUUUAUGAAAAGCAACGUGGUAAGAUCGGAAUGGCUUUAAAUAGUCGUUUCUUUUACUCGCAUACAAAUGAUCAGGAAGCAAUUUCUCGAGGAAUGCAGUUCAAUUUAGGAUUCUUGUCACAUCCUAUCUUCAGCAAAACCGGUGGAUAUCCCCCAGCUAUGGUUGAAACAAUCCACAGUAAUAGUUUGAAAGAAGGAAGAAUAUCAUCACGAUUGCCAAGACUUGAUGGCAAAUGGAAAGAAAUUAUUAAAGGUUCUGCUGACUUUUUGGGUCUCAACUAUUACACUUCGAGAUAUAUUAAACGAGCUAGUGAGCCAAUGGGAGAGAAUCCUUCAUGGGACAGGGAUUAUGAUUGUGAUGCUUAUCCAGAUGAAACAUGGGUCAGAGGGAAACCAUUUUGGCUGUAUUGCGUUCCCGAAGGACUCGAAGAUAUUUUGAAAUACAUUCGUGACCAAUAUGGAAACCCAGAAGUGAUAAUAACCGAAAACGGCUGGUCCGAUGAUGGUGAUCUAGAAGAUGAUGAUCGAAUUCAUUUUAUUAAGUCUCACAUGCAAGCAGCAUUGAAUGCCGUCAAUGAUGGUUGUAAUGUUACAGGCUAUACCGUUUGGAGUUUAAUUGAUAAUUUCGAAUGGCAAAGAGGAUAUACAAAUAAAUUUGGACUUUAUGCUGUGAAUUUGAACAGUCCAAAUAAAGAACGUACACCCAGAAAGUCAGCAAAGUAUUAUAGAAAAGUAAUUGAAACAAAAACCCUCCCAAGUAUUUAAAUAUUUUAAAAAUUAAAUUUAAUUAUAUUUAAUCUAUAAGAAAUUUGUGUGUUAACGUAAGUUGAUAAAAUAUGUAGUUUUUGUUUUU